AGGAUGGAAAGAAACUCAACAACUUCCACCGAUAUCCUGGAGAUCGAAGGUUUUGACAUCUCUCCGGAGUUCAUGUAUCCUCUGUUUUUCUUACUGCUGUUUGCUUACUUUUCCCUGCUUUUUUCCAACAUUGGAGUUCUGGUGCUCAUCAUCACUGAGAAGAGCUUGCACCAGCCGAUGUACAUCCUCUUCUGCAACCUGUCCAUCAACGACCUCAUAGGCAACACGGUCCUGCUGCCUCGGCUGAUGGCUCACAUCAUUUCUACAGAGCGCUUCAUCACCUACAGCCAGUGUGUGGCUCAGGCUUUUCACAGCCACACGUUUGGAUCAGCCUCACAUAUGAUUCUGGUCAUCAUGGCAAUCGACAGGUACGUGGCCAUAUGUCACCCCUUGAGGUACAGCUCAAUUAUGACCACCAGAACUGUAGUCGGGCUGUCAGCAACCGCAUGGGGAGUCUCCUUGGUGCUUGUUUCUGUUCUGAUUGGUCUCACAGUGAGGCUGUCUCGCUGCAGAUCAGUUAUACAAAAUGCUUAUUGUGACAACGCAUCGCUGUUCAAGCUCUCCUGUGAAGACGUCUCCAUUAACAACAUCUACGGACUCGUUUUCACUGUGCUGCUGUUCUCUUGCUCAAUCGGAGGCAUCGGCAUCACCUAUUUCAGAAUCGCUCUUAUAUGUUGGAUGAAGAAAAGCAAGGAGUUGAAUAACAGAGCUCUGCAGACGUGUGCGAGCCACCUCGUUCUUUAUCUCAUCAUGCUCUUGUCAGGGUUUUUAACAAUCAUAUUGCAUCGUUUCCCAAAGUACCCCAAUUUAAGGAAGAUUGCAUAUAUUUUGUUUCACGUUGUUCCUGCUAAUUUAAAUCCAAUCAUUUAUGGCAUGCAGACGAAAUCAUUACGCCAUAAAAUCACCCAGAUACUGCAGAGAAAACUGACUCCAAUCUAGUCUUCUGUUCAUACCGAGGCUUGAAUAUUAGGACAUGCAUGGUUAAUUAUGUUCACUCACUACACCUGUUUUAAAGCCUGUAUGUAUCUGCUCCAGUGGAAACAAUCAGUGUUUAGUUACGUUGCAGUGAAAUGAGAAUGAGUGACAACACUAGUUUGUGUUGUUCAAUGGACAGUGAUACACAUAUGUGCAACCGAAGCUCUGUUUCAGCCCGUGCUCUAGAAAUGCAGCUGAAGUCUGGUUUGUGUUCUUUAACUAAUUUUGAUUAUUGCAAAACCAACAACAUCUUAAGUUGUGAAAUCAUUUUGCAUACUCCAUGCUCAUGUUUUCUGCCACGUGUCUAAAAUAAAGAGCUCUUACCCAGAACGGAAACUCUACAAAAGUUGUCAAUGAUUACUUCUGUACAACAACACAAUACAAAAAGUCUAAUAUUAUUGUUUAUAUAAUGUCAUGCAUUGCUUAAUUUUAGUUUAUGAAAACUCCAUGUGGUCAUUUUAUUUAGUCGGCCUCCUUUUUAUGCCACUCUAAUAUGAAUACAGUUUUGCUUUUCAAGUUAGUUAUAGUGUGUCUCAUUAAAGAUGUACAGACCAGUAACAAUGCAGAGUAGCUGAUUUCAUGAAUAUAUGAAUUUGUUCAACAUUUGUUAAUGAUGACAUUAGUACAUUCUAUUCUUAUGUGAUCUUUUUGAUUCUUUAUAUUAUUACUCAUUUCUCCAUCAUAGUAAUGACUCCUGUUCUAUUUUGUUAUACGCCAACGCUGUCGACUAGAGAUUAUUGUCGUCCACAUAUCAGAAUUCUUUCCCUGGCAGCAGAAAUUUACAGGUUUGACUAAAUAUAUUUCUAAAUGAGAAAAAUUGUAGUAAUACAGUUUUCAUCUUUGUACUGCCCACAUGGGCCUUAAUAAUCCGGAUCCAGUUGUGUCAUUGAGUUGUACAAUUCCACAAUGUCAGUGCAUUUUAGUGCAUUUUUAACAUCUUUCAAAUCAAGUUUUGUUCCGCACAGUUUUGUUGAUUAAACAGUCCAUCUACUAAGGACUUUCUAUGACACUGUGGUAGCCUCUGCUUUCCUCUACGCUGUCGUCUGCUGGGCCCCGGGCAGCACAGAGCGGGACAUGAAGACACUGAACAAGCUGACCAAGAGGGCCAGCUCUGUCCUGAGCUGCCCACUGGACUCUGUGAUGGAUGUGGGUGAGAGGAGGAUGUUGACCAAGCUCUCAUCCAUCAUGGACAACAGCUCCCACCCUCUGCACCGGACUGUAGUGGAGCUGAGCAGCUCCUUCAGCACGAGACUCAGACACCCUCAGCGCAAGAAGGAGCGCUACCGCAGGUCCUUCAUCCCCACUGCCAUCAGACUAUAUAACACUACUGUGUAGUUGUUAUUAUGUGCAAUAUUUAUUAUCUUGUUCUUGCACUUUCGUGACUUUUGCACUCCUCUGUUUUUUGUUUCGAAGAGCCCUGUAACGGUAAAUUUCUCCUUUGUGAGAUUAAUAAAGUCUAUCUUAUCUUAUCUUA